UGUGACCCCGGGGCUCCCCCCUGGGUGUUUAUCUGGGGGCCUGUGCACCGGGCUGGGCUGCCAGGGGCACCUUGUUCACUCUUGCCACCCUCCCACAAUGCACUGCUUCACCCCCUUCCCCGCCGAGCCCCUCCCGCCCCCCUGGAACCAGUGUCCGGCGGGGGGGGGCAGGGGGGGUUAAUAUUCUUGCUUCACAAGUGCUCCAGAUCCCUGGGCACAGGGUCCCCGCAGCUGAUCUGUCUGCCUGGGACGGCCACAGGAUCUGGGGCAGUGUCUCCGAACUGCUGGGCCGAGCCCACGCUGCCCCCGGAGUGGGGGGCUCCGGGAUUCUUCCAGCCCUGCGGUCUAGUGGCUGCCCCCGGGCACAACGAGUCCCUCGGUGGGGCAGGUGCUUGGUGGAGAGGUGCCCCCACGUUCCCAGCCCUGGGGAGCUGGGUCUGCCCCUCCCCAUGGCAGCUACCCCAGCGAAGAGCCUCUCACCCCCGUGCCCCCCCCACAUGCUGAUGGGCAGCAGCAGACAGACAGACAGACAGGCAGACAGACCCUCCUUCCUGGCCCCCUGCAGCCAGCAGGCCCAGGUGGGGGGCAGAGCCCCUGAGCCAUGGCCUGGAUGUGAGAGUGGCUGCUGGGCUCAUUAGUGGCAGGGUGUGAAAUGCCAUUAGCCUGGGCUGGGAGGGGCAGGCUGCUCCGGCUCCCUCGCUGUCUCCCGCCCCCUUGGCCCGGGGUGCCCAGCGCCUGCUGGCAGCCUGCAGUGCCCCUGCCCAGGCCGGGCAGGGGCACGUCCCUGGGUUGCUGGGCCCCUCCCCAGACCGUUGCGGCUUGGGCUCGGGAACUGGCUGGGAAAUCAGGGCCCGGAGUUGGGGCUGGGCCCGACGCUCCAGCAUCCCCGGGGGAUGGGGUUUGGUUCGGGUCCCGCUCUAGGAGGCACCUGCCCCCUGCGCCCCCCGGCCCAAGCCCUGCCCCUAGCCCACACUGAGUGAGGACGAGUCUCCUGCCCCAUCACUCAGGGCAGGGCCCGGCCAGGUUUGAGUAGUGUGGGAUAAUGCUUAGCACCCGGGCAUGCAGCCCGGACUCCUGGGUUCUUUUCCUCCCUGUGUGGCUUUGGACCUCUGUUCCCCACCGUGUAACAUGGGCUGCGGGCACUGCCCCUAGGAACACAUACACACAGCUGCCGGGACGCCCUCCCGCGUAUGGCUUCAUCCUGCCCUUGGCAGUGGGGUGCAAGCUGCCCCCUCUGAGCGGGUGGGGGUCCAGCCCAGACACACAGAGCCACUCUGUGCCCUCGCCAGCCCGCUGGGCAUGGGACACCUGGGCAGGCUCCGUCGCAGGCCGGCAGCUGGGGCUCUGUGGGGUCAGUGACCUGUCACACAGCUCCACCCGAGCUGGGGUAAAAUUCAACACCAGCCUGUUCAAAGGAGCUCUCUCCCCCAGGCCUCCCAGCCCCCCAGGGCUUUGAUGUGCUGAUGGUCCCUGUGAAGGUGCCACUUCACACCUCCGGCCUCAGCAUAAAGCCCGGGGCUGCGACGCUCUCCCCACACGCAGCCUGGGAAGCCCUGACGCCAUGGCCAGCUCUCCUGCCCAGCUCCUAGCCCCGGAUCUCCUGCUGCCCCCAGGCCAGGCCCUGCUGCAGGAGUGGGGCAGGGCCCAGCCCAGCACGGAGGGGUACAGCAGCUGCUCGCCAACGCCCUCCACCGACUCCUGCGGCCUCUCGCCCCUCUACCCCCUCUGCCCAGCUCCCCAGGAGCCCUGCAGCAGCUGCCCUGCAGCCCCGAGCCUGGUGCUGACGCCAAGACGCAGGGCUGGCACGUGCCCAGCCUACGGGAGCAGGAAGGGCAGCCGGGGCAGGGCAGGCGGCGGGCAGAGGCAGAGCGCCAGCGAGCGGGAAAAGCUGCGCAUGAGGAACCUGUCCAAGGCUCUCCACACCCUGCGACGCUACCUGCCCCCCUCGGUGGCACCGGCCGGCCAGAGCCUGACCAAGAUCGAGACCCUGCGCCUUGCCAUCCGCUACAUCUCCCACCUGUCGGAGCUGCUGGGGCUCAACGAGGAGACGCUGGCCCAGAGGAGAGGGGGCCCACGCCGGCACUGCCCCCUCUGCCCCGAGGGGCUGGGUUGCUGCCAGGCCAGGACCCCUGGCCUCCGGGCAGCAUCUCCAGCCCCCGCUGGCCCUCCCCCGGGUGCUGGAGGGGUUGGGGGGCUGGCAGAGCCCGCUCCCUGUCUCGCUCGUGGCCCGGCUGGGUCGGGCGCGGGCCCAGCUCCCCUCUCUCUCGCUCUGCUUUGCUUCCAGCUGUUCCUGUUCCACACAGUCACCAUCCGCUCCCCGCAGACCUUCACCCAGUGCACCACGUGGGGCAGCUUCCCCCGGCGCUGGCACGAGACGGCCUACAACAUGCUGGGCUUCGCCUGCCUCUUCCUCCUGCCGCUGCUCAUCAUGGUCUCCUGCUACUCCCGCAUCCUGCUGGAGAUCUCCCGGCGCAUGGGCACCGGCCUCUUCUCCAAGGAGGUGGCCCUGCGCCGCUCCACCAGCAACAUCCCACGGGCGCGGCUGCGUGUGCUGAAGCUGAGCCUGGUCAUCGUCAGCUCCUUCAUCGUGUGCUGGACGCCCUACUACCUGCUGGGCCUGUGGUACUGGUUCUGCCCCCGCGCCAUGGAGGAGACCGUCUCCCAGUCCCUCACCCACGUCCUCUUCAUCUUCGGCCUCCUCAACGCCUGCCUGGACCCCCUCACCUACGGCCUCUUCACCAUCCCCUUCCGCAGGGGGUUGGGGCACUGCUGCUGGGGGGGGCACGGAGCGGGGCCUGAGCCCUGUUCCCCGGCAACUGGAUCCUCCCGCUGCUCCGCCACCUCCUUGCACACCAAGCGGAGCACCAUGACCACCCCAGCGCACGAGACGCCCGGAGCCCAGAGCCGACUGGGCAAUGGGACCGGCAGCGUCGACAGCAGCUACCUGUGAGGCCAGAGCCUGGCUGGGGCCCUGGGUAAAGCCCCGUGCCCGGAUGGGCCGGGUUGGUGGGCCCUGACCUUGUGCCCAGCUCGGCCUGGGGCCGUGAGGGGUCAGUGUGCUGCUGGAGGAGACGGGCCCCUGGGGCUGACACUGAGGGGCAGGGCCAGCCAGGCAUCUCCUUCUGCCCCUGGGCUUCUCAUGCUCCCCACCGGACAUCAGGAGUGGUGGAGC